AAUAGUGUGGAACUUAAAGCAUUAAAAAACCAGAGGAGACAUUGAGUUGGAUGGCUUAAUAUGAGCACUUGGAUUUAUAUUAACCACUUGUGACCAAUUUCUUCACCAACUGUCCUGUCUCAUUUCUUUAUUUAUUGAAAAAGAAAUUCAUGUGCGUAUUGCUUUCAACUUGAAGUAGCUAGAAAGAAAGAGCCACAUAAUUCACAAUUCAUAGAUAGAGAGGCUAUGGCUGGUCUUCAAAGAUCUGCAGUGUCCUUCAGGAGGCAGGGUUCAUCAGGCUUCGUUUGGGACGAUAGGUUCUUACAGGAGGAAUUGAACAAAGUCAAGGAAGAUCACAACAACAACAACAACAACCACGACCACGACAACGAUGACGGCGGUGAGAUUAAAGAGCUUCAAGUUCAAACAACGCCGCCCCUCCAGAGAAUCCGCUCCAACGGCGGAGCACGCGGCUACCGCACCGGAAAAGUUUCGCCGGCGAUUGAGCCACCGUCUCCCAGGCUCUCUGCAUGUGGCUUCUGCGCCGCCUUUGGAAAAGCAGGGGACAACAAGCAUCGACCAAGGUAGAGAGACGAAGAGAGAAUAUUCCGGCCAGGUUUCUACUCCUUGAUGUAAUGUUUUACUUUUAGCUUUGUAGGUAGGCCCGGAUUAGUGGAAUUCAUGCUAAGAACAUAAUCAUCAGGACUUGUCUAUUUCUCUUUUCUUUUUGGUGUUCAAAUUGUCUUAUAUCAAUAGUAAUUAGCUGGUAAAGAUGUUUUAUUCUGGUUCGGUUCAGUAGAAUUAAUUGUUGUUUGUGGGAAAGGGGUAUUGAGUAUAAGUUGAUCUUUAUACAGACCAAAUCUCAUAAAUGGGAUAUUUUACAUGAUUAUGCUA